GAAUUCGGCGCUGCUGAUGUCCUUGCGGCUUCGUAUGGCUUGGAAAAGGCCGAUGCCAGCUGUCCCGACAAUUGUGCCAGCGAACACCACAUAGUCCCACACAGAGAACGUGGCCACUUGACCACCUGUACCAACCAUGAUCGAAGAUAACUGCUACCUUGGAUGCAGGUGAAUUAUAAAAUGUUUGCAUAAAUACCGUUCAGCAGGGAUGUUCAGACUCACAGCAUCAUCAGGCCUGCAGGUGCCCGCAUCUCUCAAGCAGGUCCCAAAUUGAUUUGGAAAAAUUAACAUUGCUUAACAUGGAGACGGCAGUGUUCACCUGCUGGCUCCUCUUUCUGCUGUUCAGCCCAGCUGUUCCCAUGUGUUUACCCACCGACUUCACCCUGUACGUGGAGAGGCCAGAGUGCGACUACUGUGUGGCGAUCAACACGACCAUCUGCAUGGGAUUUUGCUACUCAAGGGACAGCAACAUGAGGGAUAUAAUCGGCCCACGCUUCCUCAUCCAGAGAGGCUGCACCUAUGACAAGGUGGAAUACCACACAGCCAUACUGCCCGGCUGUCCCAUUGACACCAACGCCGUCUUCACCUACCCCGUGGCUCUCAGCUGCCACUGCGGUGCCUGCAGGACUGACAGCGACGAGUGCGCCCACCGGGCCAGCGUGGACGGAGCGAGGUGUACCAAACCAGUAAGACGCAUCUACCCAUACCCUGGCCAGAGCAACUACGUGAUCCCUUUCUGAUUCUUCUGUUGUUAUCAUCUUGUUAAAAAGCUGAAACUGCAUGAUCCGUGAAUGUUUUUAGAAGAGACAGACGUCAUCCUUUAUCUGUGAUAGAUACAGUGAAAUCUACACUGUCUGUACUGGUACCUAUUGUACCAGCCUGUUUUAUUGUGUCUUUGUUGCCCAACGCGUGUGUGCUGCAGCUCUGCUUCUCAAUUUACAAUGGGGGGGUUGAUGCUGGUGCGUAUUUUUGUCGGCGUCAUUAUUUAUCCACCUGUACACUCGUGUGCGUGUGUGUGACUCCCAGACAUAUUAUGUUUACUGUGAAAGGGAUACUCUGAAUGCAACUCAAUUAAAGCUGAAGUCUCUAAAUAGCUCUCUGACUAAGCCGUGCUUGACUUAAUCGCAUAAACCAUACUGUAGCUUUCUGUUUACUACAUAAACACACGAGGCCGUGACGCUCCUCAAUGUCACCCAGGGAUACUUGGCUAUAUUUGCCUCAGCAGUCAUUCUGGAAGGCACAUGAUUGUUGACACUCCUCCUCUUAUUAAAUGGAUUACCAGCGAGCGUGUUGAGCCCCAAAGAGCAGGCACAAAGCUCACAGAAGAGUCACCAAACACCAUCAUUUCAGUGUGACUUUGUAUGUUGAGUCAUUUUGUCUCAUCCCAAGUAGAGCUUAUAUGUGUAGUUCCCCAUUCACAAGGGGAAUUUGGGAAGACAGCUGGAGCUUAUUAAUAGUGCAGCAGUUCAGAGUGGGAGAAUGUAUGAGAAGUCCAUCAUGUGGUGACACUGCUCUGUCAUCACCUAAUUUUAUAUUCUGUCUCUUCUGUAUAUACAGCAUUCUUCUGCCAGUGACAGUUUAUAUAUUAAAGUGUCUCUGUGUUGAUGAAAAAACUAUUUUCUAAUGGUUACUAUAUGUAACUCAGCCUUCUGCAGCUCUGACAGCUUCUCACAUUUAGUAAAAUAUAAAACAGAAUAGAAAGCUGGUGAACUAAAGGCCAGAAAACAUCAACUUUGAAGGGACAGCACAAAGGGCGAGGAUUAUUUUCUGUCUCGCUUUCAUCAGUCAACAGGAGUGAUCACCAUCUGCAUUACUCCUCACAUCAAGUUAUGCAUUUGAGUCACCGAUGCCUGACAGGAUUCAUAAUAUUACGAGCCUUGAUGCAACUUUGAGGGGGAGGUGUGUUUUGGGGGCAGAAGUGAAACAAACUAGAUGUGGUCCAGCUGACUGUAUGGGGGGAAAGUGUGGAUGGAAAACCAGUUUAUAAAAUGCUGAGUCACUCUAACCUUGAGAGGAAGCUUGUACAACUUCUGACAACCCGACACUCUGUUUAACCUUGCAAACUGCUGACAAAAUGGUCAUUCUGGGAUUUGAAGUUCAUCGUUUAUGUCUUUGUCUAUCAAUUUUAAUACUGCUUCUUUUCCUUUGACCCCUAUGCGUUAAAAUGUGGUUAAUUUUAUUAGAAUUUUUUUUAGUGCUUGUUCAUACCUUAAUUUUAGUCAAUAUAUAAUUCAGUAGUAUAUAAGUAUGCAAAGGAGUCCUAUGAGUACAAUGAGUCUAUAUGAUCGAGCAUGGCUUUACUCAUAAACCCACAUAACUGGAGGGUUAAUUGGGGUGUAUACUUUAUAACUUUAUACGAACGGUUGACCUUAUAUAACUCUAAAAUCAUCAGACUGGUAUGGCACAAUGGUUUGAAUUGCCCAGCUGAAAUUCCCCGUGUAGUGGUGUUUUGAAAACCCUAAUACCCAAAUGGAAAAAGCAGUGGAUGAAAUGGAAUUUGCUUCCAUCAGCAGUCCAAGAGAACCAGCCAUGUGACGCACAUACCGAUCACUCUUUCAUUCAGACAAACCGUACAGUUUUGUUUGUGUUGUGUUUAUUCAACUAGAAAAAAUGGGCCAUUUUUUUUUCCAGCCAUGCACUAGGGUUGUCGAUCUGUCUGUCUGUCUGUCGGUUGGUUGGUUGGUUGGUCUGUCCACCACUUCAGUCUAGACUGAAAUAUCUCAACAAGUAAUGGAUGGAUUAAGAUUGAAUUUAGUAUAUACAUUCAUGAACAUGAUCCUCCGACUUUGCCUUUAGUGUCUUUGGUUUUUAGUGACUUGUCUGGAAACUAUUGGAUGGAUAGUCAUGAUGUUUGUUACAGAUAUUCACGGUGCCCCGGCGAUUUGUCCUAAUGACUGCUCAAAGUUUUCAUUUACCCUGUGAAAUAUCUCGACAUUGACACCUACCCGAUGGAUUCGCACAAAAUUUUGUGUAAACAUUCAUAACUCCCAGACGAUGAAUCCUAAUGACUUUAUGAUCCACUCACCUUUCCUCUAGCGUCAUGAGAUUCACAUUUAUGGUUUGGAGUGAAAUGUUUCCACAACUAAUUUCAUCGAUUGCCAUAAAAUUUGGUACACACAUUCAUGGUCCCUUCAGGAUGGAUUGUAAUAACUUUGGUGAUACCUUAAAAGGCGCUAAAUAUGGGAUUGGGAGCAUUUCCAUUUCCUCUCAAUGACUCUCAACAUGGCGAUGGUGAGCCAGUGGCUCGCAGCCAACGGUGCUAACAGUGCAAACAAUGGUGAAAGUGUUGACAGAGGUAGCAGUGUUUACCAGAGCGGGAACUGGAGGGUAGUCACCGUCUACCGCCGCCGUCUCUCAAUUAUUAGCUUCUAAGGGCAUAACUCAGGGUGAAGGAAUGAAGGACUUGGGGCUGUUCAGUUGUUGUUGCACUGUUUUGUUCCUUGAGGAGGUGAUUCGGUGACUGUAGAUUUCUAUAUAGUCACAUUGUAAUAAUCUCCGGCAUCAUUUGGAGAGGCUUUGAACUACUCAAGGGCGAGGACAGUGGGGAGGCACACGGGACUGCAUGUUCUGUUCUUUUCACAAAGUCACGGGAGGAUGGAGUCAGAAGAAGAAACAAAAAAGAAGAUAUGCAGCAAAAACAUCACGUGCCAUAAGCUCAUGACUAUUGAUAUUGUGUAAACCAUAAAAAAGUUGGAUCAGGGAUAGCUCGGGGUUCAGACUUCGCGAACUGACACAUGCAUUGUAUGUUGUCAGGGACACGUUGAUUGGAUCCAGAAUUCUGUAAACUCUGUUAUCUUACUUAUGCAACAUUAAUUGUUCGGAAUAAAUUGUAUUAUUAUGCUUUAA